CAAUAGAAUCACAUGAAUGGUGUAAAUUUUGAGGCAAAGAUUUAACACAUACAAAACGCAGAGAGAGUGUUCUUCUUCUAGUAGAUUCGAUUCCUAAUCAGAACCAUUGUGGAAACAAUCGCAAAAUGUCAAUCACAACCAAGUAAUCACUUCCGCUUUCUGAAUUUCGAUCAAUUAACAGCUUUGGCAACCAGUGGAAACAACAAGAAUAUGAACGCCAAAUUGGAAGGGAGCAGAUAAAUGGGAAUGUCGGCUGCAAGCUCUGUUAGUGAAGCUAUGAAAUUGUGCAUAUUUGAUUUGAGAAGGGGACAACAUGAAGGGCAGGAGUUGGACAAGAUUUUAUAUUUCUUUCCUUCUGAUUUGCCUUUCCCCACCCAACUCUCUGUGAUAGGGCUUAGUGAAGGACUCAUAACAUUCACCAGAAUAUUCUCUCCAGAGGCUCCAUGUGAGGCUAUAGAAGCAGAGAUGCACUCCCAUGUUUUCUAUGAGGCAGAGCGUGAUAUCUGGAUGGUGAUGGUGGUGGAAAAAAGUGAGUCAGAAGCCAUAUGGCGGACUGCUGCUUUACGAAGUGUUCUUAAAGAAGUUCACUCUCUAUUUGUGAUGUUUCAUGGGUCCAUAAGAGCAUUACUUGAUAGAGAACCAAGUGGAGGGCUUACCCGGACGCAUUUGUAUUAUUUCAUUAUGGAUUAUUUAAGUGCAUUUGAAAAGCGGCCUUCAUUGGAAUUUUGCUGCUGGGAUUUUCUUUCUGGGAAGAAGCUUCACUUGCCAAAUUUCCGUGACUCUUUGAAGGAGCGUGGAAUGGUACAGAUGUUGACUAUUGGGAGGGAAGCAGCACUUGAAGUUCAGUCACUUGUAAGAGUGCUAGAAUCAUGUGCUGGCUGCAAACAGAGCUACUCACUGAUCAUGUUCCAGGACUUGCUGGUGUCCACAACUCUUUCUCCUGAUGACCUGAUUAACCUGUUCACGUAUACAGUCAUGAGGUUGACCCCAAAUGCUUUGUCUGCUGGAGCUAGCUCCUGGUCCUAUUUACGCAAAGGAAGCACUACUUCUAAUGCGUCUGUGUCUUUAUCGACAAGCUCUAACUCUGUUCUGGACCGGUACUACAACUCACGGGAUACUUCUCCAGUUGGAGUUCGUAGCUAUCAGAUUGUUAGGCCCUUACAUCAUGAGAAAUGGUCCAAAGGGAAGGAUGGUUUCCUUGUUACUGAUAUUUGGGGCACAGAAGUUGGCAGUUUGAGUCCUAGCAGUCCAACAAUUUGGCUCAAGCAAACAGAGGAGAGGAUGUAUCUUUGUGCUUUUCAGCAUAGGAGCCUCACCAUAAUACUUUUCAUUCCUGUCACAUCUGUACACAAUGGGGAGCAAGGGUUGUCGGUGGUGAAGCAGCAAAUUCUGGAGAAUGCAUCACCCAAGAUAUUCAAAGUUGAAGAGAAACUAUCUCGAGGAUGGGGUGGCGAGAAUGCAUAUCAUGUGGGUGGUUACCGCUACUUACUUGUGGAUGGUGAUAGAUACAUCUCUCGGGCAUCCCCACCUGGAAAAGUAACGACACUUACAAAGGAUUCUUUAGUUGCAAUGAGUAAGCUCCGAGAAGAGGUUGACUUAGAAAAGAGCAGAGCUAAAUGUGAUGGCUCUGACUGCGAGAAAGACCAAGAAAUAUGCAUUAGAGCAAAAAAUGGUGCUUGGGUGAUUUCUCGGUUGACACGAGGGAAGGAGCUUUAUAUGGUACUUGAGAAAGCCAAUGAAACCCUUCUUUAUGCUUCUGAGGCUGUUGAAAAGUUCAGUGACAGGUAUUGCAGUGGCGAUUUUUCUUUGUAAUAGAACUUGGAAGCCAGUUCUUGAUUUUGCUGAGAGACAGGAACGCUGUAGCUAUUAUUUUGUUGUUAGUCCAAAUGUUUCUACUGUUUGUAAGUAAAUAAACUUCACUUGUAUAAUGAUGCAUUUUUUUCUCCUUGUAAUUUCAAGUAUCAAUUUUCACCCUGUCGAAUCUUCGCCUUUUUCUGGAAAUCAGAGAAACGUGAAGAAAAACGAAGAGAAGAAAAGAAUGUGGGUUGUCAGCUAGAGUCGAUUAGUCUAAUUUUGAUAUGUUAUACUCGAAUUGAGGGUCCUUUGAAAACAACCUCUGUACCUCCACGAGGUAGGGGUAUGAUCUGUGUUCACUCUACCCUUUCCCAAUUCCACUUGUGGAAUUCCACUGGUAUGUUAAGUUAUUAAGAAUUGUCAUUCCCUUGA